CACACGGUUAAAUGCAAAUUCAGCUUUCCAGACCUGCUCCGAGGAACAACGCAACAGCACACACAGUUCCUACGCCACCUACUGCAAAACUGUGCUGACAAGCUCAUGCGAGGCUUAGCGCACUUCCUUGCCAGCGUGCUUCCCGGGCUGAAUCGAGGGGUUUUCGGAAAGAAAUCUUCCUCCUGCACCAAGCCAGAGAGAGAGAGGGAGGCCAGGCGAGACGAACAGGUGGGCCAUCCUAACCCUCAUUGGAGCAGCCCGCGUGAACCAACCCGCUGGGGUGAGAUGGAGAACGAGAAAAAAGGCAGCGCGUCGGAAGGCAGGGACCAAGGCAAGCAUCCUAACAUGUCUCCGGUUACCCUCAACGUCGGGGGCUACCUCUAUGUUACCCAGAGGCAAACUCUCACCAAAUACACGGACUCUUUCCUGGAAAGGUUAGUCAACGGGAAAACCCUCUGUCCGUCUGACGCGGAGGGCCAUUUCUUCAUCGACAGAGACGGUCUCCUGUUCAGGCACGUCCUGAACUUCCUCAGGAACGGGGAGCUGCUCCUCCCCGAGGGCUUUAAGGAAAGCCAACUUCUGGCCCAAGAGGCCGAAUUUUUCCAGCUUCACCCCUUGGGGGAGGCGGUGAAAGCCAAGUGGGAGAAGGAACAGCUGGCUUCGAGAGAAGCCACCUUUCUGGAAAUCACCGACAGCCACGACCGUGCCCAGGGCCUCCGGAUUUUUUGCAACGCGCCCGAUUUCAUCGCCAAAAUCAAAUCUCGCAUCGUUUUGGUCUCGAAAAGCAGGCUGGACGGUUUCCCCGAAGAGUUUUCCGUCUCUUCCAACAUCAUUCAGUUUAAAUACUUCAUCAAGUCGGAAAACGGGACUCGGCUGGUUUUGAAGGAAGACAACACCUUCGUUUGCACCUUGGAGACGCUCAAGUUCGAAGCCAUCAUGAUGGCACUCAAAUGCGGCUUCCGAUUGCUGACCAGCCUGGAUUGUUCGAAAGGAUCGAUUGUUCACAGCGACGCUCUCCAUUUCAUCAAGUAAUUCCUCCUCCUCCUCCUCCUCUCCGCCCUGGGACCAAAAAGGCCACACGCAUGCAGCCUGUGAGUCUCAUUCAACUUCCAGACGUCGCAAAACGGUUUAUCCGGCUCUGCCAAUCCCAGAGCAUUGCUGCUAAUGAAUUCGUAAGAACUUAUGGUAUGUACAAUCGUUAACAACAGCAACAAAAAUCCACCUGCGAGUUCAUUGUGUCCGUUUUCAUCACAACCAGCGUAAUAAUAAUAAUAAUAAAAAAAGGUGUUUAUUAGAUGUGAUGGAAAUGAAAGUGAAUGUUGAAGCUGCCUCCAUCUGUGUUUGUUCAGUUCUGCUUUUAUCCUACCCAGAGCCUAUCGAUGAAACAGGCUGCUCUGCAUUUCAGGGUGGCCAGAAUGCGUAGCUUCUUGCACAAGAAUGAUAAAAAUGCUUUCUCUUUCUGACUUGUUGUUUGUCUUCCUGGGCUGAUGCUGGUUCCAGAGAAAAAUGGUUUGGCUUUGUAUGGGUUGAAAUGUUACAAUAUGCAGAGUGGUUGCAGGAAUUGGGUAGGUCUGGUCUAGUUAAAAAAAAGGACUAGGGGUGACAUGAGAGCAGUCUUCCAGGAUCUGAGGGGCUGCCCCAAAGAAGAGGGAGUCAAGCUGUUCUCCAAAGCACCUGAGGGCAGGACAAGAAGCAACGGAUGGAAACUAAUCAAGGAGAGAAGCAACCUAGAACUAAGGAGAAAUUUCCUCACAGUGAGAACAAUUAACCAGUGGAACAACUUGCCUCCAGAACUUGUGGGUGCUCCAACUCUGAAGGUUUUUAAGAAGAGAAUGGACUGCCAUUUGACUGGGAUGGUAAAGGGCUUCCUGCCUGAGCAGGGGGUUGGACUAGAAGACCUCCAAGGUCCCCUUCCCGCUCUGCUAUUCUGUAAAUCAUGCUGCAAGAUCUAAAAUACAAUGGGAUUUAAAAUUGUACACAGACAUCCAAUUUAACUAGCAAUACAGAAGAUGCCACAUCACGUAUAGUUGAGGAUGUCACAUUUUAACUAUCAAAACAAUAGGAGGAAAGGGAAGGGGGGGGGGAAAUCUAACCUUUUAUUAAUUUUGGUCUUUUCGAGAACAAUUUAUACCAAGACAAAACUGUUCAGAGUUGCAGAAAAGGAGAUUUCGAUAUUGAUCGUCUUUUACAUUUUCAAAACCUCUUAUCUUUUCGAAAAUACACAUUUGUGCCAAAAUAAGGGGUCUGUGUGGAAAUCUAGUUAGCCUUGCAGAGGAGAGAGCUACCUAUAGUAAGACUAUAGUAUACCUAUAGUAACACUAUCAGCAUCGAACAAGACAACCAGACUUUCUAUUACACGUUGCUUUGGGGGCUGAUAGGAAGGCGUGAAAAAGCACCCAAGUUUGAUUUCCAUCAUAACUUCAUUUUCUUUCUUAACAACUCACGUUUUUCUGUCCAAACUUACAGUAAUGAAAGAAAACACAGAGCUAAACAUUAUGCUAGUCUGGAGUUGCUUUCCAUUUACUACGACUUGCAAUUAUUUCUGUCGUGUGUUUCGGAAUUGAACUCGCAACAGGGCAUCUUAGAGUAAUCUGCUAAUAUAUUAAUCUGUUCUAAACUUCCUAAACUAUUAGGAAGUUUUAAAAAAUCUGGAUUUUUUUUAACAUACAGGAGUGGCCAAAAUUGUGGAAACCUUUUUGGGAAAAGUGUAUUUUUGAGGUUUGAUGGCUAAUAACACCACUUUUUUGUUGGAGUUUCAAGGUAAUCCUAUUCCACUGCUGGAAUGAAUGGCCUGGGAAUAGCCCAGACCUUCACCCAAUGGAAAAUCUAUGGAUUUUCUGACUAAAGAAAGUGGUUAAUCAGAAGUGACCCAGCAAUAAAACCCAGUUAAUAGAAACCAUCAUUCCAUCUUGGUUUCACAUGAUAACAGCUGCAGAACCCAAAGACUUGGUUCACUCCAUGGGAAGACGUUGUAAGGCCAUCAUUCAUGCUAAAGGUUACCCAGCUAAGGAUUAACUGACAUGGAGAUCAUUUUUGUAUAUCUCGUUUUUUUUCUACGUGUUUCACUUUUCUUCUUUGUACUGUAACUGCUAUUCUAAGAGCAAAUCCUUCAUAAAAGUUAUUGCAUUACAUUCUUCAUUAAAUGAUCUUUCUAUUGAUAUAUAAUUUUAUGGUACUACUUCAAAAAAAAAAACCAGUGGUGUUAUUAGCUAGUUUUAGAAAAUACACUUUUCCCAAACGGUUUCCACAAUUUUGGCCACUACUGUAGGAUGGGUUGGCUGGGAGGGAGAUGGGGGAAGGCAUGUCCCAAAUUAUUUUCUCACCUGUCUCCUCUUCCUACACUCCCCAUCUCACAACGAAGGGGGAACAGCGACAAUGGCUCUUGCAACUUGUAGAGAGGAGAAGCCGUAAAAAAAGUGUGUUUGUAAACGCUUUGCUGAAAAGGAGCAGGGUGCCUUUCCCUCUGGAAGCCUCCCGUUGUAUCAAGAGGGCAUCAUUGCCCUGUUAUACAGGCAGUCCUUGAAUUAUGACCACAAUUAGCCACACGGUUGUUAAGUGAAUCUGGCUUCCUCGUGGAGUUUGGUUGGCAAAAGGUCGCAAAAGGGGGUUGUGUGACCCCGGGACACUGCAACUGUCAUAAGUACAUGCCAGUUGCCUCUGGAUUUUGAUCAGGUGGCCAUGGGAUGGUACAACGGUUAUAAGUGUGAAAAACAACCAUAAGUCACUUUUUUCAGUACCCUUGUUACUGAAUGGUCACUAAAUGAGUAGUUGUAAGUUGAGGACUUUCUGCAUUUUGGUGGCCGAGGAGAGGUUCACCCAGGCGGCUUCCUGACUUACAGCUCCGUCUCUUAGCUCAACUGUGAAAUUCAACUUUCAUUUUAAAAUCCAUUAACCAGCUUAUAAAGCGUCUCUCCUUUCAAUUCCCAAAUUUUGUUCGAUUAUAAACUACCUAAAACAACCGAAGUAAUGUGCA